AUGUCUUUGAUGUUCCAAUAUUCGUGUCUUACGAAAGACAACUAUGAUAGUUGGUCUAUCCGAGUAAAGACAUUACUUAGUUCUCAAGGUGCGUGGGAAAUCGUAAAUAGUGGUGGGAUUAUCGAAACUGAUGAGGAUGCGACGUUAGCCCAAAUUCAAGAGUCCGAGAAGAACAAAAAUAAGGAUCAACACACCCUUUCUAUAAUCCACCAGUGUCUAGAUGAUAAUGCUUUUGAGAAAGUAGGAUAUGCCUCGACGUCGAAGGAAGCAUGGGAAAUUCUAGAAAAUUCCCACAAAGGAGUUGUCAAGGUAAAAAAGGUGCGGCUUCAGAUUUUACAUGGAGAGUUUGAAGCUCUUCAUCAAGAAGCAUCGAAAUCUAUUUCAGACUAUUUCACGCGGAUCUUAUCUAUUGUCAACCAGAUGAAGCGAAUUGAUAUCGACAGAGUAAAUGGUGUAAAAUCUCGAGGAAAUCCAAGAGGUAGAGAAAGAGAAAGAGGACGUGGACGAGGACAAGGAAGUGACAGAUACGAAAAGGCACACGUUGAGUGCUACAAUUGUCACAAAUUGAGUCAUUAUGCCCGUGACUACUGGUAUGCCGAUGAUGCGAAAGUAGAAGUCAAUCUCACAGAAGAAAAAGAAACGGAGGAUUCGACGUUGUUGUUGGCGCUAAAUCAAAAAGUUAUUGGAGGAGAAAGUCAAUGGUAUCUUGACAACGUUGCAAGUAACCACAUGUGUGGUGACAAGUCGAAAUUUGUUGAGAUUGAGAAAAAGGCAACUAAAAAUAUCACAUUCGGAGAUGCUUCGAAAGUUCAGAUUGAAGGCAAAUGUACCAUUUUGAUUCAGUUGAAGGAUGGUACACACAAAUUUAUUUCUGAUGUGUAUUAUGUUCUUAAAUUAAAAUUCAAUAUUUUGAGUUUGGGGAAACUCAUGAAAAGAGGCUACCAGAUGUUAAUGAAGGAUCAUAAUCUUUGGCUACAAGAUGGAAGGGCUAACCUAAUUGCGAAGGUGACGAUGUCAAAGAAUAUGAUGUUUUCUCUCCCUAUUCAAACCGAAGGGCCAAACUGCUUGCAAGUAUCCGUGAUGGAUCCAGCGUGGUGUUGA